AUGCUUCAAUCUUUCCCAGAAGUUACGUUAAUUCCUGAUAAAAUUAAUUUUCCGAAGACAUUCCCUGGAAAGAGUGUUGAAUGCAAAGUAUUAAUGGGAAAUUCAGGUAUUAAACCUGAAGAAUAUACAUUAUCAGUAACAGGAGAUUCAGAAUUUACAAUUCCAACAAAUAAAAUUACAAUUCCUCCUGGGGGAACAUAUGCUAUGCUUGUUUCGUUUAAACCUACUAAAAUUGCAGUUUAUAACGGUGCUGUAAUUUUUGAAGGAAGAUAUCCAUUUUCACUUACGUUAACAGGACACUGCGUUCCUUCAAUCUUCGAAAUACCACCACCACAUGCCAAAUGCUGGACUUUUUCACCAGAUGAAACAGAUCAACUAAUUCAAUUCAGCAACAGAGAUGUAUCUAAGACUUUAUCAGUAGCUGUUCAAACAAAUACAAACGCCUUUACAAUAGAACCUCCAGCGUUUGAUAUUCAACCAUUAAGCACAUUUAGUGCGAAAAUUCAUUAUGAUAAAACCAAAAGUUCAGUGAGUAAUCCAAUGCUUUCAAUUUCAUGCAGUCAAACAGAAGAAAUGUUUGAAAUACCACUACAAAUUGGCCAAAAGCGAGAGACAAUUAAAUUCAAUCUCGGCACAACAUUAGUCAACAGAAUCCUCAAAAAAGAAUUUAAACUUAUGCAAGAAGAGCAAGCACCGUCAGUAUCUUGGCCAUUUUCGAUUGUUUCGAAUGGAGAAAAGCAAAAUAAAUUAAAUUUCGAAUUUUCUAGUCCAAAACCAGGCGAAUUCUCCACAACUGUCUCCAUGCAAGACUUUGAUAUAUUACUCAGUGCUGAAGCAAAAGAAAUACCAUUUUCAAUCAAUGUACCUGAUCAAUUUCCAAAAACUCCUUUCACAAUAUUCAAUCGCAGCAAAGAUAUAUUACAGAUACAAUUAACAGGAUAUGGUAUCCAUCUUCAGAAAAAUUACGUAACAAUUGCUCCAGGUGAAAUUGCACACGUAGUUUGUGAUGAAAAUGAUGUAAUUCAACCUGGAGCUUCAUUAAAACUUGUUUGGGAACAUAAUGGAACCAUUUUCACAGAAGAAAUACCAUUUAAAGUAACAGAAGCUACCGAAUUAAACCCAUCAAGCAUAAAAUCAUCCUCAGCAUUAAAAUCUUCAUCAGAAAGCGAGAGAACAGAAAUAAGUAUUAAUAGAUCAACCCAAAGUACAAAGAGACUUAAAGCUAAUACACAUUUAGUUGUGUUUUCUGGUUCUUCAAGGAGAUUUCCACUUAAAAUUACAUCAGAUCUCCCAGUUAUUAUAUCACCUCCACCAUUCAUACGUCUUCCACGUAAUUAUAAACCAAAUGACCCUUUCAAUCUCAAAUUACAUAAUGAAGAUUCAGAUAUUAUGUAUGGAUUUAUAACAAUAAGGACGAAACUCGAUGAAAUACGUAUACCUGCAAUUGCAAUGCCAUGUGUAUCCCAAUUAGACAUACCAGAAUCAAUAUCGAUAAACAGAAUUGGAAAUCUUUCAAUAAAGAAUUAUGGGAAAAGUACAGCUUAUGUUAAUUUACAGAGUCAAGAUGCAAAAACAUCUAAAACGGAUCUAAUUAUUAAACCAGGAGUAACAUCCCAAAUAGAAGUACAGUCAGAAAAAGAUUCAGAAAUAUUAGUUACAUCAAAAGAGAUUCUUACAACAAAAAUUGAAGAAUUUUUAGAAGGAAAAGAUACUGAUGAUUCAAAGUUAAAUGAUGUUUUGCAACAAUGCCGCACUAAAGAUCUUAAAGCGCUUUGCGAAUACUCGACAACAACUAAAACUGUGAAAGUUUUGGUUUCAAAUGAAUCAAAGAAAUCUAAUUUCUCAGUUUCAGUUGAUAAACUCGUUUUCUAUGGCUCUGAUAGCCAAUCAUUCUCACUGAUAAACAUGUCAAGCGCUCCAACACGGUUCCAAGUUACUGUUUCUUCUCCUUUCAUUAGCGUUGACCCUCUCUCUGGGUACGUUUCUCCAUAUUCAUCACUUAGAUUCGAAGUCAAUGCAUUGAAGAAAGUUGAUGGUGAAAUCACUAUAAAGAUAGGAGGAGAAGUCCUAAAAAUCACAACAUCAUGUCAAGAAAAGAGUCUUGUUGUAUCCACUUCAUCUAGUGCUAUUAACUUCCCAAGUUGCAAGCCAGGAACAAUGAGAAGAGCUUCAUUGAAAGUAUCUAAUAAAAGUUCACAUAAAACUUUUAUUACUGCUAAAUGUGAAGCUCCAUUCUUUUGUCCGUUCCCCGAAUUCGAAAUAGAUCCAAUGUCUUAUGUUCUUCUUCCAGUUCAUUUUACACCUCAGAUUGAAGAUUCUUUCAAUGGACUUUUAACCUUAGAAACCGACUCAAGAACUUCUGUUGAAGUUAUUGUUCACGGAAUAUGCUGUUAA